UGCAUCAGUCAGUCCUGUAGCUGCAGUAAAUACAGCAGUGGCCCUUUUAACGUUGCGUAUUAGCCCUGGAAGCUUUGUAUUCCAAUAGUCUUUUUCUUUUUUUGGGAGUGUCUGUUCAGAUGAAAAGGAGCAGUCUCUCUUAAGGAUCUUUGAUUUCAGAUACUUUGCUGAACUCUUGCUUUGAUUUUACGCAGGUUGUGCAGUUACUGUAGCAGCUGUUGUUAAAGAGGAUUACUUUUACUCCGCUUUCGUGGAUGUCCAGACUGGUGACAGCUGGAGCUGACCACCGGCGUCUUGCUCUCAUUUUUUUCCAAUUCUCGGGUGUCUCGUUCAGAACAAUAGUUUGGUGACACUUGCCAUGCUGAAACACCUGCCCUGUGUUGGCAUUGACCCCACCCCUUUCAGGCCUCAGCCAAUCAGCGCCAACAAGGAUGAGAGAGCCAUACGGUUCCAGCUAAAGCGCCAGGCCUGUCAGAGUCUCAGACAAGUUCUCCAGCUGAAGCUGCAACAGAGAAGGACCAGAGAAGAGCUGAUCAACAAGGGAAUCAUGCCACAUCCGUCAGUGGAGCCAUCACUGCAGGCCAAGCAGCUGCAGCUAAAGAAAGCUCGCCUCGCUGAUGACUUGAACGAUAAGAUCUCCCACCGACCCGGGCCCAUGGAGCUGGUCCACAAAAACAUCCUGCCUGUUCACUCCAGCAUUAAACAGGCCAUCGAGACCCAGUUUCCAAAGGCUCCAGGUGAAAACUCAUCAUGUGACGAGGACAGCAAUGACAGCCUGUCUCCAGAGCAGCCAGUAGGACAGGAGUCGCCUCUGGGUGUGGGACCUCUGCCCUCUCUACCAGAGACGCUGCCUGAGCGCAGCAUCCCCUCUCCCUCACAGGUCCCUCCUUCAGCUCCUCUGCUGCCUUCGCUUUCUGGAUCCUCCCCGCCGUGGAAGCAGACAAAUGGAGCAGUGACACCGUCCGCCCAGAAUAUUCAUGUCACCUCUCAGAUCACCUCGCUGCCUAAAUCAAGUUCUCAUUGCUCUGGACAAAAACACAAGAAAUCCAAGGACAACAAACCAAAGAUCAAGAAGUUAAAGUACCAUCAGUACAUCCCGCCAGACCAGAAGGGAGAUAAAGAGCCUCUUCCCCAUCUGGACUCAUCUUAUGCCAAAAUUCUGCAGCAGCAGCAGCUUUUCCUGCAGCUUCAGAUCCUCAGUCAGCAGCAGCAGCAGCAGCAGCAGCAGCAACAGCAGUAUAACUACCACACCAUCCUGCCUGCACCACCCAAUCUUCAGGAGAAUCAGCAGCCGCCUUCCUCUUCAAAUUCCAGGACCACCUCCUCCCCGCCUCAACCCCUCGCCGCCCCCUCUGUCGGUCACAGCAGUCAAAGUCUGGCUUCUUUAGAUGGAACCAAACCAGUGUCUCUACCUCUGAACCUGGAUGAGAUGAAGGUGGUUGAACUGAAGUCGCAGCUGAAGCUGCGCAGUUUGCCAGUGUCUGGCACCAAACCUGACCUCAUUGAGCGGCUGAGGACUUACCAGGAACUGAAUGGAGGCAGUGACAGUUUCUCCUCUCCAACAGCAGGGGGUACCACAGGGUCAGGGUCUGAAGGAGCAGGAAGGUCCUCACAAAAUGCUGCUGCAGUCAACAACAACGACAACAACAAUGUGUCACUACAGCAACCCUUUCAGUGCCUUCAGACAUCCUCUCUGACAGGCCACUCAGCUACUCCUCAGCAGCUGUUGAACUGUAGUGUGAAGGUCUCCCCACCAACCCCACCCCUGACCCUCUCUGACCACCCGUCAGCCACCAGCAGUCCAGAAGACACCAGCUUUAACAGCGACCCUUUGGGCGAUAUGAUGAGGUCACCCCUGAGCCAGCUGAGUCUUCAGUCGUGCUCACCUGCUCAGCUGCCGGUGAACAUUAAGGACGAGCUCGCGUGCUCCACUCCUGCUCCGUGCCCGUUCUCACUGAAGUCGGCGACUCCGGAGAAACACUGCCUGGCCUCAUCCCGCGCCUCCACCACUACUACGACAACAGCCCCACUACUGACGAUUGACAAAGACAGGAUGCUGCAGGAGAAAGAUAAGCAGAUCCAGGAGUUGACCCGGAUGCUGAGGCAGAGUCAGAGGCUGGUGGAUCUGCUGAGGAUGCAACUGGAGGAACGGAAGAGAGCAACUCGAGUUUCUGAGCCGGUACUUCUUGUAAGAGUAAAACAAGAACCCUCUGAUCAUCCUAGUGUCCCACUCUCCUCCGGUCAUCCUUCACCCCACCCUCAAAAUGUGUCACUAUCAAGUGACACGAAUUUCACUAAGGUUAAUGUCAAACAUGAGGUCACUGAGGCAGAGAAAACUAUGCAACCACUGGACUCCCAGGAGUUACAACAGGCUUACCCUCAAACUCAGGAGACACCGGAGCAGAUUCGGCCACACGCCGAACCACAGAAGAAACACGUACGACACAACUGUCUCCAGCAGAAGACGCUGCAGCUGGUGCAGCAGCAGGCCAUACAGAAGCUCCUGCUGCAGCAGCAGCAGCAGCAGCAGAACAUGCAGAACACUAACCACGUGCUGGAGAAUCAACAGAACCUGCAGAGGCUCUCGCAGCAGCGGAAGAAGAAAUCUCACAAGCAGCAGCUCAAACAGCUGCAGAAGCAUCAACAGUCCAAGCACCUGCAGCAGCAGAUGCAGCUGAAGCAACAGAUCCUGACGACACAGCAAAAAACACUCUUACAGCAGCAGCAGCAGCAGCAGCAGCAGCAGCACACGUUUCAGCCACCACAGCAAAUCCAGAUGCAGACCACGAUGCAUUUGAAGCAACAGCAGGUAGUGAUGCAACAGAAACAGAAGCUGUCGCAGCAACAGUCUCCACAGGAUUGUAUCAAAGAGCAGCCGGGCUCAGCCGGCUGUUUCCUGCCUCUUUUUAAGAGCGACUCCACCCAAGCCUUGGUCACAGACAGCAAUGGUAACCACUUCCUGAUUACACUGGGCAAUCCUGUCACUGAGAACCAUAGGAGAGAGCCACCUGAGGGCAAAGCGAACAAUCACGUCACUCUUCAGCGAGCACAGUCCACUCCAGCCAAGCUCUUAGGUCAUAACCCUGCGCAUCGUCUCAGAGCUGAUAUUCAGUCUGAACACAGGAUGCACCUGGAUGUUAAGAAACAACAAAACCUGAAGGAUGGAGGUCUUCAGUUAUCUGCAGACCAAACACAGCAGGUAGCUGCUCAGUGUUUGUCGGCACCACCCAGCAUUCAGCCUUUCUUCAAGGACCAGGAAAGUGCUCACACCUCAUCACCCGCCUCUCCAAAUGAGGUCUGCUCGAGUCUGGACGUCUUGUUUAGUCCUGUGUCUCCGGCUGCUUCCUCACCUGAUAACAAAGAUACAGAGCAUGAAGAUGAUUUUAUUGACAUCAUUUUGCAGACGGGAGGAAUUUCAGCCCCCUUCAAACCAAUGACAAACUCACCUUUGGACCAUCUCAGUCAAAACUCCUCCCCUCCGCCCUCCCCGCUCCAGCUGUUGCUUUCUUCCCCCGUCCCACACGGCCGUGACACCCCCCAGCCCACUCCCUUGGCGCAGCCUCAGCUCCAGACUCUGGUUGACACCAUCGAGGAGGAGAGGCAGCACCUCAGUAACGGUGGGAGUGGACGCCUGGAGGACUUCCUUGAGAGCACCACAGGUAAGCCUCUCCUGGGGGUGGAGCCUGGAGGCCUGUUGACUUUGAUCGACGACCUCCACAGCCAAAUGCUGUGCACCCCCAGCAUUCUGGACAAUCCGCCGUCUCCCAUGGACACCUUUGACAUGGCAGCUGAGGACGAGCACGUCCUGGAUAGUAUGGAUUGGUUGGACCUCACUGUGGGAAGAGAGAGCAGUGAGGAGAGCCCUACACUGGACCCACUGGGCCCCCAAACGCCACCUAGUGUCUUUUCCACAGACUUUCUGGACAGUUCAGACCUGCAGAUUCACUGGGACUCCUGCCUGUAGCCAAAUGGCGUUAUUCCCCCAGCUCGCCUCACAUCGCCACAGCAUGGCACGGUUAAGUUGCGUUUCCACUAGCACAGUACCUGGUACCAGGUACUUUUUGGCGGCCACUGAUUGGUCAGAGUGCCGUCACAGGAAGAGACAAUCCUAAAAAUGUGGGUUAAUCUCCAACAAUUACCAGGGAAAUGUCUAAAAUGUAAAUAUUUAACAGAGAGGUCUGGUGUCUUUAGCGACAGCACUGCUGAUCGCGACCGGUCGGCCGGCAUCACAGACUCUGCCGCUGUAUUUCAGUCCAGUGACUGUGUCAGAAUCUGUGCUCCUGACAAAUAGAUUUAAUGAACUGAUUCCAAUGAUUCAGUCGCUAGUCACUCACUCUCACUGCAGUGAGGACUCCACCCAAGUUGAGUAGGUAGUUUUUUUCUAGUGGAAAACCAACCUGUGCCGUGUCGUGCCAUGUCGUGCCAUGUCGUGCCAAGGCGAGCCAGGACCAUAAGGGCCAUAAGAUACACAGGGGAGCUCAGACACACACAGAGGUUUCCUCAGCUAUUCUGCUUAGGGUACUACCUUGACUGCCAUUCAUGUGGACAGCCUAAUGAUAAAGUGUUAUCCCUAUCCUUAACCAGAACCACAAUUCAAAUCUUAACUCUAAACGUAAACAGUUCCUCAGAAAUGAGGUCCUGCCUUAUUAGGUCCACGUCCACGUCCAACUACUGGUCCUGAGGAGGUCAGUGUUGAUGUCAGAAAAGGCCCUAAAGAGGUAACACAACACAAAAACACACUUAACACAACUAUAUGACUGAUUGCUGUGGCUUCAGUAUUUGAUUACAGCACUUUCUCUAUAUAUCUUCCCACACACUGGUUUAUUGAAUCCUCAAGCACUUUGACCGUUAUCUUAUUUACACACUGCAGUAUUGACUUUUUUUGUGCAGACAGGUGUUAGGCAGGUCCUAUAACUGGUCUACAGUAGCUUCUUUAGCAACAGUCUUUCACUUUUUUGACCCAGUAGGUGUCAUGGUACUUUAAACUGAGCCGUGUAACUGUUGCUUACACACAAAGUUAUUUUCUGCAUUUGUCCCAGACAUGAUGUUACUGUCGAAAGGUCAAUCAAUUCAUGUGACCUUUAUCUAAUUAGAAUGCAAAGUCUUUCUUCGCUGCCUCUUGUAGUUAAGAUUAUCUAUAUUUUACCACUUAAGGAAAAGAAAAGUUAUAGGUAAUCAAUCCACAAAGUUUAGGUCAAUGACUGUUUUCCAGAAACGUAAUAAAUGGUGGUGCAGUGAUGUUGUUUGAAGACAAAAAAAAGAGGAAAUAAUGAGCAGUCGUCUUUUUGACUUCAAUUCAAACUUCUUUCAAAGCAAACCUUUUGAAAAUCUGUUCAAAAAAUGUACUUUGACUUUGUCAAUUACAAAAAUGUACACACAUUUUUCAGUUGAUAUGUAACUGUAAACCUGUGGGAGUAAUGAUCAUACAUUACUGCACCUUAAAUGAACUACACAGUGUGACAUUGACUCGUCGUAUAACCUAUUGCACUAAAUGUACGGGAAACUCCAGCAGCCUUAUAAAGUCUUAAGACACGUGGAAUGAAAAAUCCUCAUAAUAAGGUUUUGUGACACCUUUCUUGUUUAUUUAAAGAGUGAUGAUUGGUUGUCCUGUACUGUAUCAGUACUAUUGCUACUGGGGAAUAUACAUUUUAUUUUUCUCUUUGAGAUUUUACAGCACACUUUACUAUAGCUUUAUAUUUUAUUUUAUUUUACAGUGUUUGUGUAAAAUAAAAUGAAAAUAUUGCAUUUAUGCUACUGAAAUUCAAGUCUGUUUAAGUGGCCGCCGUAUUUUUGUCAAGCCAAAAUGCAGGUUUUACUGGUCAUAUUGAAAUGUGACAGGGAUGUAAAGUGGUGCAACUGAAAAGUCCAAACCGUCACGGUGUUAUUUAUUGUAAUGGUUUGAAUGCUACACUCUGGAAUAGUGCAGACUGUAGGUUUUUAUUGUCUGUACAUUACGACCUCCUUGAUUUUCUUAGUCAGCUCAAACACUGGCUGAUUUGCUGUAAGGAACAAAGUUUCAUGACUGUGCAACACAACUGUUAUUGUUAAA